ACGAACUCCACUAUCACUAGACAAAAAAAUAACAAUAGUCACACGCCUUCAACUUUAGAAAAAAACAAAGAUUGUAUUAAUUACAAAUAAAUGAAAUGAUAAUUACCAAAUACUCCUACUACAUUAUAAGUAGUAAAUUAAAAAUGAUUAAGAAAUAAUUGUAAUUUGUAACAUAAAAAUUGUAAUUUGCUUAGCGUAACGUCUUUCCAAAGAUUCACAAAACCCCAAAAUCACCCCUCCAUAGCUAAAAGAAGAUGUAUAGUAGUAGUAGUAGUACCAAUUCUCUGUACCCCCAAAUCUGACCCCUUUCGCUUCUUCACUCACUCUUCGCCGGAAAACUACUGCCUACAUUUUUUUUAUUUUUUUUUCUGUUUGUGCCUUUUUAGCUGUAAAAAUGAAAUCUUGAAAUUAAAAAAAUGUGGACUUUAUUGGAAAUGCAUAAUGGGGUUUUGAGUUAUGGUGGGAUUUCUUGAUUUUUCUUGAAUCUUGAAGCUUUCUGGCAGGAUUUUGGGCUAAUGGGUGUGUGUAUUUUGCUUUGAAAGUACAAUGUGAGAGGUGAAUUCAGAAUUCCCAUUUUGGAAAGUGAGAGAAGACGACAGUGUGUGUGUGUGUGUGAAAAUAGGAAUUUUGAUGAUGGUUGCUGCUGUUUCUGGAGCAGUUUCAACUGGCCGACAAAACCCAAAAACCCCAACACAAGAUGAGUCAUCAAGAAGACCCCCAUUACUACCUUCUGAGAGAGACAACAAUGGAGUUGCUGCUAAUUCAAAAAGACCCAAAUCAAGAACGGUUCAAUCUCGGUAUAUGUCUCCUUCACCUUCAAAUUCUUCUUCCAAUUCGUCUUCAGUAUCUUCUUCUUCGUCUUCUAAUAGAAGAUUCCCGUCUCCUUUGGUUCCAAGAAACUCCUCUACCCUUUUGUCGAAUACUGCGCCGGUUUCAGGACCCAAAAGAUCUGUUUCAGUGGAUCGUAGGCGGCCUUCAGUUUCUAGGCCUCUUGCAGCUGAUCUUGAUUCGAAAGUAAGCAAUGUAGCCGAAGUUUCUGCAGCUUCAAAGUUGUUGGUGACUUCUACUAGGAGUUUAUCUGUAUCAUUUCAAGGUGAAACCUUUUCACUUCCUGUAAGUAAGACGAAAGCGGCUCCCUCUUCUCCGAAUUUGAGUAGUUUAAGGAAGGGUACACCUGAGAGGAGGAGGACGACUACUCCUCUUAGAGGGAAAGCUGAUGGGGCAGAUCAGUUGGAGAAUUCUAAGCCUGUUGAUCAGCACCGUUGGCCGGGGAGGGCGAGGCAAGGGAAUCUGCUGGGGAGGAGCUUAGAUUGUAGUAAUGGGGACAAAACCAAGGUUAUUGGAUCUGGGAAUGUGAUUAGGACACUGCAGCAAUCUAUGAUUGAUGAAAGGAGGGCUUCGUUUGAUGGCAGGUUGAGUCUUGAUUUAGGAAAUGCUGAGCCUUUAAAGGCCGUUGAACAUGCUCAGGAUGUAAAUUCAGCAAAUAAUGAUUCAUCUUUGCCAUCUGAUCUUACUGCAUCUGAUACGGAUAGCGUUUCUUCUGGUAGUACUUCAGGAGUGCAGGAGUGUGGUGGGAGUUCCCGUAUACGCGGUGUGCCUCGUGGGAUUGUUGUAUCUGCUAGGUUCUGGCAAGAGACAAACAGUAGGUUGAGGAGGUUGCAGGAUCCAGGCUCCCCUCUAUCGACAAGUCCAGCGUCCAAAUUGAUUGCGCCAGCAAAGUUGAGAAAGUACCCUAGUGAUGUCCCAAUAUCGUCCCCGAGAGCAAUGUCAUCGCCUAUUCGUGGUGGCAUUCGGUCUGCGUCUCCUAGUAAGCUUAUAGGGUCAUCUCCUUCCAGAGGAAUACCUAGUCCGUCUCGUGUCAGAAAUGUGGUUAGCACCAUUAAUAGUAACUUCGUUGAGACCCCGUCAGUUCUUAGUUUUGCUGUUGAUGUUCGGAGGGGGAAGGUAGGCGAAAACCGAAUUGUUGAUGCACACUUGCUGCGGCUUCUUUACAAUCGGCACUUACAGUGGCGCUUUGUAAACGCUACGACUGAAACAACUUUGCUGGUGCAGAAACACAGUGCAGAGAAAACUCUGUGGAAUGCAUGGAUAACAAUCUCAGACCUACGAGAUACAGUCACUAAGAAGAGACACAGGCUACAGUUGCUGAGGCAAAAACUGAAGCUAGCUUCAAUUUUAAAGGGACAGAUGAUGUCCUUAGAGAUUUGGGCUUCAUUUGAUAAAGAACACUCGAUCUCACUCCUUGGAGCAAUUGAAGCCUUGAAAGCUAGCACUCUCCGUUUGCCGGUUGUUGGAGCUAACAUUAACAUACAAAACUUGAAAGAUGCUAUUAGCUCAGCACAUGGUGUGAUGCAGGCAAUGGCAACCUCUGUCGGUUCCAUUUUGGGCAAGGUGGAGGAGUUAAAUUCACUGGUAAGUGAACUUGCCAAAGUAACAGCCAAAGAGCAGGCUUCUCUUGAACAAUGCAAAGAUUUCUUGUCGAUGAUAGCAACAAUGCAGGUUAAAGACCGUAGUUUGAGGACACACGUAAUACAACAUAACCGCAGAUCAAGAACCUGACAAGACAGGUGUAGAACUGAUGUUAUUUUGACCAAUUUUUAAUGCUAACACCCUAUAGUAAAGGUGGCCCAGAGCAAGAGAACGAUGACUAGUCCUGAUUCUUGUUAGGCAUUUUUUUUCGCAACACAUCUGCGCACCCUAAUCUCUCACAGUGUAUUCUUCUCCUCUAUCAGAAGAUGAUUUAUUUCUCACUAAUUAGUUGUAUACAUGCUCUAAUCUUUUGUUCUUUCCUUUUUCCACUGUUUGUCAAGGAAGAAGAGAAAAAAGAACUCGUGUAUAUAUAUGUAAAACUCUAACUAGACAAUGAUUCAGCAGUUCCUGCCA